GCCGGGCUCCUGAAAGGCAGCCUGAACUCCAAAAGUGAGCUAGUGUACCAGACACAGCACUGCGAGAGACUGACUGAGCUGUGAGCGCACACACGGCGAGGCGAGGGAGGAGAGGAGAGAGAGAGCGCGGGGAGCGAAGAGAAGGACGGGCGGGCAGUGCUGAAAAGGAGAGCACAAAGACUAGGAAAGUGGAGCAGGGGAGGGAACCGGAGGCUGGGAGACGGGAGAGGGGAAGACAAAAGAAGGAGUGAACCGGAGGGGACCGAGCAAAUGGCUACGGAGGACACGGCGGGGGGAGCCAGGAAAGCCACCAAGAGCAAACUGUUUGAGUUCUUGGUCCAUGGAGUGCGUCCUGGCAUGCCGUCCGGAGCGAGGAUGCCCCAUCAGGGAGCACCCAUGGGCCCCCCCGGCCCCCCGUAUGGUGGCAGCCCAGCGGUGCGGCCCGGUCUGCCCUCUCCUGUGAUGGAGCCCAGCCGAAAGAGGCCCGCCCCCUCCCAACAGGUCCAACAGCAGCAGCAGACACAGCAGCAACAGCAGCAGGCUGUGCAGAACCGAGCCAGAAAGAAGCCGGUCGGAUUCCCAGGAGCCAAUGAGAUGCCGGCGAGGCAGAUGGAUAUGAGAGAGCCCCAAUCAGAUCCCACGCUCGGAUCAAAUGCUAAGAGAAGGAAAAUGGCAGACAAGAUUCUUCCGCAAAGGAUCCGUGAGCUGGUCCCAGAGUCACAGGCGUACAUGGACCUUCUGGCCUUUGAGCGUAAACUGGACCAGACCAUUAUGCGCAAACGUGUGGACAUCCAGGAGGCCCUCAAGAGGCCCAUGAAGCAAAAGCGUAAACUAAGGCUGUACAUAUCAAACACCUUCAACCCCGCAAGGCCCGACGCCGAUGACUCUGACGGAAGCAUUGCAUCAUGGGAACUGCGAGUGGAGGGGAAACUGCUCGAUGAUCCUGGGAAGCAAAAGAAGAAGUUUUCCUCCUUCUUCAAGAGCCUGGUCAUUGAGCUGGACAAAGACUUGUAUGGUCCUGACAACCAUCUCGUGGAGUGGCACCGCACGCCUACCACCCAGGAGACGGACGGCUUCCAGGUGAAACGGCCCGGAGACGUGAGCGUACGCUGCACUCUGCUGCUCAUGCUCGACUACCAGCCCCCACAGUUCAAACUGGACCCCCGCCUGGCCCGCCUGCUUGGGAUCCACACGCAGACACGCUCCUGUAUCAUCCAGGCCCUGUGGCAAUACGUCAAGACCAACAAGCUACAAGACUCCCAUGACAAGGAGUAUAUCAACUGUGACAAGUACUUCCAACAGAUUUUUGAUUGUCCCCGACUGAAGUUUUCUGAAAUCCCCCAACGUCUAACCAACCUCCUGUUACCUCCUGACCCUAUUGUUAUCAACCAUGUGAUCAGAGAGCAACAGACACCUAAUCCAAAAUGGAUAGUGACAGAUGUGGACCCCAAUGACCAGAAGAAGACAGCGUGUUACGACAUUGAUGUGGAGGUGGAGGACCCUCUGAAGAGCCAGAUGAGCAGCUUCCUCCUGUCCACAGCAAACCAGCAGGAGAUCGCCUCCCUCGACAACAAGAUUCAUGAGACCAUUGAGUCCAUCAACCAGCUGAAGAUCCAGAGGGACUUCAUGCUUAGUUUCUCCAGAGAUCCCAAGGGCUACAUCCAAGACUGGCUCAAAUCCCAAAGCAGAGACCUUAAGUUGAUGACAGAUGUGGUGGGGAACCCAGAGGAGGAGCGCAGGGCAGCAUUCUACCACGAGCCCUGGUCCCAAGAGGCCGUCAGCCGCUAUUUCUACUGCAAGAUCCAGCAGAGAAGGCAGGAGCUGGAACAGGCCUUGGCAGUCCGCAACACCUAAGCAAUGGUUUGUCUUUACUCGACACCAAUAAGAAGUUAUCAUCAACACAUGGGAGACAUUACAUGCUGGACUCUUGGAGCGCCAUUACUAUCAGCGUGUAACCAAUUGCGGGGUUCAACAUUUGACAAACUUCCUCUUAAUGCUCCUGUAAAUACAACAUAACUCCAAAUCAUCUCAAACAUGUAGUCACCUCUACCGUUUUUAUAUUGUAUUGGCACGUUUUUGGUUUUUUUUAACGAAUGUAGGCGCGAAGAUAAGUGCGACUGGGUGCGUAUUUCGCCUCAUUAAUUAAGGGAAUUUGUUGAGUUUGAAGUAAUUAUUUACACCAGCAGAGUUGAGAUUACAGUCUGGCACAUCGAAUCACGGGACAAUGAAGUAGAGCUAUGUAUAAACUGGAGGUGUGGAUGUUUCUACAGCGUCUCUCCUUUGAUUGAAUCAGUGACUAUGUUCACAUGCACACCAAAAAUCUGAUCAUUAUCGUUGUGCUGAUAUCCUGGUUGGACAUAUAAGUUGAUGUAAUAAGUUGGCCCAGAAAGUCUCAUAAUGUUUGAAUUUUUAUUUAUACAAAGGUGUUCUGCGGUUAUGUGUGAGAUAAAUAACAGCUACAUAAACACAUUUGGACAAGUUUUGUUUCAUUUUGUUUAAAGGAAAUAAAGGCUGUUUUCAGUUUCUGCGCUGGUAUCGGUUGGUAUCAGCAUAUACUUAAAGCUAGUAUCAUAUCGGAACUGAAAACACUGGAUUGGUGCAUCCCUAGUUAUCAGAUUAUAGAAAUGCCAUGCAAUCAGAUGUGUGCAAUCUGAUUUCAUUCUGGUUGUUUACACUUGCAGCAAAGACACAAAUGAAAGAGAAAUGGUUAAAGAUGGAGAUAUUUUAAGACUCAUUAUACAGUGUCUUCCAGUUACACAAAAAAUCCACUAAUUAACCAACACAUGUCACUAGGUGUUUUUGAUGAUCAGAUUUCUUUUAUGCAUGUAAACACACACCAAAAAUCACAUCUAAUUAUUGGCUUAUCUGAUUAUGUUAUCAGAUAAGCCAUUUAAAUGUACCCAGUGAGGCUCACAAUGCCAGUAUUAUUAACUUGAGCUCCUAUGUGUUGUCACAAAUUAGUAACACGUUUCUUUGAAGGAACAGCGUUUCUUCCUUAAUCAUGGAAAGUUAUGGACUUGAAGCUGUGUUUUUUGUCCAAAUCACUCACUGCCUCUUCCUUGUGUAGUAUUUAAAUGUGUUGACAGUGUUACCAAAGGUUGCAACGAAGAAGAGAAUGCAGCGAUAAUGGCCAAUGUAGGUUUGGGUUCAGUAGAAAUUGCCUUUUAAAUCUUCCAUUUGUGUGUAGCAUAUUGAUUAGUAAACCCAAAUAAGCCCCAAAUUAGACCUCAGCCAAUCAACUACAGGCAAUUUUUAGUGUACGCUCAUCUGCAUCUGUCCAUUUUAACUGCUUUUUUGUUACUUUUUUCUAGAGAUGUGAAUGUAAAUAGUUUUUUUUUCCCUUUAAGAGGGUCAGCUGUACAAUACAUGACACACUACCUUUGUGUUUUGUGGAAAUGGGGGGCUGGGUCAUAUGCUGUAGUAAAGGGAACAUCUCCAUGUCUUUUGAAAAGGUUGCGUUCACAUUCUAGGUUAUGAUUAUGUCAUAACUUCAAAUGGAGGGCUGUAUAAUUCUAUGGGAGAUUCACUGUUUUUGAAAGAAAUAUCCAAAUUCAACAAAUGUUGAACCAUGUUGUUAGUUGGAAAUUGGCUCUACAAACUUGCCAUACAAAUCUUAUGGCUUAAGGUCCUUUCAACUGACAAAUACUAUGUCUUUUGGGUUGAAUAAUGGCACCACUUUCUGAAGCUUUUGUGAUAGAAAUUAUUUCACAUUUGUUUAUUUAUGCUGACAGAGAAGACAGAGGAAUUUUUAUUUCUUGUGAAUAGGCCCUGUAAUUGCAGAUAUAUUAACCAUAAAACCAGGUCAAAAUUGAAUUGUGACAGUUAAACACCUAAUUUUACCACCAUAGUCUGACCUGUCCUCCAGCUCCAUUUAAAACUAUGUCAUGUGAACGCAACCUAUUGGCUGGAUGCGAGUGUCCCUGUGUGUACUAUCUAGGCUUGGAUCCUUUUAAGUUCCUGCCUCCUGUCUGUCUAAAGCUCUAAGCUGUAACAAGAUAACAUUAAUUUCAAUAGAGUAGCUGUACCACAUUGUCUGAUCACCUUCACACUUUUGUAUGACACUUGACUUGUAUGUAUAUGCUGUAUUGUCCCAUUGAGAUUUCAUUGUUUCAGCAGUCAGCUCUAGACGGGACCUUGCGGGGUUUCUUUGCACUGUGCAGUCGCUCUAUCUUCGGAGACUCUGGUUGGAUGAUUUCACGAAGACCUAUGCAUGCUCUGAUAACGCAGUAUAUGUAAAUAAUGAUAAGUCUGGCAUAGCAGCCGGUGUGUUAAGAUCCAUCGAAUGCCUUCUGGACAUUACUUUGCCAAAAAUGAAAACCCCUACCAGCAGUAAGUGUAGGAGAGAUUUUGUGAGCUGUUUUUGUACUAAGUAAACAACAGAUGUGGGGUCAGUUAUUAUUAUUAAUAGUAGUGUAUGUCUGAAGUCUUCAUUGUGCGUCCAGGGCAUUAAACUUUUCCACUAGCACCCCCUUGUGGACUAAAUGAUGAACGGAUACAUCAGCAGACUACUGUUAGCAGCAGAAGUUCAAGACACUAAAACUAUUACUGUUGCCGUGUAUGCCACUUUUUUGCAUGUUUCAAACGACUCAAACGUUCUGCUCUUUUACAUAUAAGGGUUACCAACGUGAAGGCAAUACUAUGUGAAAUCCUGUAUAUCAGUAAAAGUAAAAAUGAAUUUGUGCUUUCAAUAGUUUCACAACAAUAAAAAGGGAAAAGAGCUGUGACACUGCAAGACAGCCUGGAUGUAAAUAAAGAAGCGCUUGCCAAAGUUUGUAAAUGCCA